AUGUCAAGUACCAAGAUUUCUUCAAACGUUGUUGGAUAUACAAAAAUACAGGCGCAUAAUGACUGGCAAGAGAUAAUUGCUAGCUUUCUUAACAGUGAACACGAAGGAGCAAUAAACUACGGAGUAGGACUAGAACGAGCGUGGGCAAAAAAAGCUUACGUUGAUAUCGACGAGGAACGCUGGGACGAAAAUGGAGAUCCAAGGCCCAUAGAAGAUGACGAUAAUGAUGACGAUGACGAUGACGAUCUUCAGCCGAUACCCGUCGAGUCGCCAUUUGGUGAUCUGAUUGCUCAGCUUUAUCGGCUAUACAACCAUAAUGUUCGGGCCGUUUCUGUUGUGCCUUCGUCAGCCUUGUCAGCCUUGUCCGGAACCACCAAAGAAUUACGCGACUAUGCAUCUACAAAUAUUUCUCGCUGGCGGGCAAUUUCCGAACUAGAAAGAAAGUCGACAAUGGUGGCACUUUCAGGGAUCUUGAAUACAAUGGAUAAUGAGAUGCGGCAUUUUAAAGAAUUUGAAGCGGCAAAAAAAGCUUGCUUCGAAGAAGAUUUUACAUUGCCAUCCGAUGACACAAAAUCCUUGAUAAAUGAUCUCCUUAACGCAAUGGGGCCCGACCGAGAUUACAAGAAGCUAAAGGUGUACUGUGCAGACCAGUUCAAGGAGUUUAUUGUCACCAAUGACGAAAAUAGUGAGCGUUCCAGAUGUAUUGAUGUGAUCCUUUACCUGGGUGAGCCAGGUCUCAUUGAGAGCAAGCAGGACAGGCAGAAAGCUGAGUGGGAUUUUGCUUUAAAUGACUAUAACUUGAGAGGCAGGAAAGUUGACCUCUUAUUCCAAUGCAAGACGACAGAUCUAAGGAGGAAAGAAUGUCGGCAUAACCUCGCUGUAUUCGAAGCCAAGCCAUCAGCCGCAAAUGACAACACGCUUUCCAUCCAGACACUGAAAGCAACUCGCUUAAAUAAAUCCAUUAUGAGUGCUUUGCAUCAACAAUACGGCGUGGAUACAUCUCCCGUUCUUCUAACUUUGCAUGGCUUUGUUGGUUAUACUUAUACAGUCAAGAGAUUUAACGGUUAUUAUGCUGCUGGAAAGGUGACCGAGAUCCCCAUUGUAUUACCAACCUCAGAAAAUGAAAUGUACUCGUUCAUUGCAGAAGGUGGGUUUGCAACUCUCAUCAAUACGAAGAAUUUGUUGGGAAUGGACAACCUCAUCCUCAUUGCCAACCCACUUUACUCACAUAUCUCUGAAGCGGUAGAUCUUACGCCAGAUACUGUGGGCAUGUUUGGUGAAAGAAGAUAA